UGUGUGUGUGUGUGUGUGUCUCUGUGUGUGUGUGUGUGUGUGUGUGUGUGUGUGUGUGUGUGUGGCAUGAAAGUGAAAGUAACACAGCUCUGUUAGGGGAACAUGUCAGUUUGAAACAGGUCAGCGUGACUGCAGUCUUUCAGGCUUCAGGUGCAGAAAACCGUCAGCAGGCACCUGUGUGAUCUGUCCAGCCUCCUGGAGACUCAUGGCAACGGCUGACACAAAGCUGGGAGGAUCUGAGGAGUCCAUGACGAGGUCUGAGGAGUCCAUGACGAGGUCUGAGGAGUCCAUGACAAGGUCUGAGGAGGCCAUGAGGAGGUCUGUGGGCCCAGUGGACUCCUGGGAGUCUGAGCUGACCUCCAUCCAGAACUCUUUGAAGUUUGUGUUGAUGCUGAAGGAGGAGUAUGUUUGUCCCGUCUGCAGAGGAGUCGUUCUCAACCCUCAGCAGAACUCCUGUGGACACAUCUACUGCUACCACUGUCUGCAGGGACUACUGGAGUCUUCAUCACCAUCCAGCCCCGUUUGUCCAGUAGAGGGCGCUGUGAUCACACCGGCUGAGGUUUUUCAAGAUAAAUGCUGCAAACGAGAGAUCUCCUGUUUAGAGGUGUACUGCACCAACUACCCAGCAUGCACCUCUGUCGUCACAUUACAGCGCCUGCAGGAGCACCUGAGCUUGUGUCAAUACGAGCAGCUGCAGUGCACUAAUCCAGGCUGCAGGGCGACGCUACAGAGGAGACACCUGCAGGAUCACGUAACCAACACCUGUCGUCAGCGCACAGAGCCCUGCCCUCACUGCCAGCAGCCGCUCCAGCUCAGCCUGGUCCAGGAUCACCUGCACAGUACCUGUCCUCAGGUGGAGGUAGACUGUCCCAACAGCUGCUCCCAGACGCUCCCCAGACACCAGCUGGCGGAGCACCGAGAGGCGUGUCCAGAGGUUCACGCCGACUGUUCUUACAGGAGGUUUGGCUGCCUGGUGCAGGAUAAGAGACGGAGAGUGAAGCUGCACGAAGACGCUGCUGUCAAUCAUCACAUGCUGCUGGUCCUGAGGAGUAACACACACCUGGAGCAACAGGUGGAGGUUCUCCAGGAGGAGGCGCUGUUGAGGCAGCAGGAGGUCCAGGUGGAUGGCUUACAUCUCGCUGGUCUGCAGAAGAAGAUCGGACCGCUGCAGCAGCAGACGAGCAGCCAUGAACACAUCGUGUCAGCAGCUCAGAGGACUCUGAGCCGGCAGGAGGACGUCCUGUCUACCGUACAGCUCGACAUCCAGCAGGUGUCUCGAGGACUCGGUUCUGGUCUAGAGGAUCUGGAGCAGCUCAAGAAGUCUGUGGAUGCUGUAAUCCAGAAAAUUUCAGCCACGGAGGCACUCAAAGAACAUCUGGAAACUUUGGAGGAGAAUCUGAGGCUUCACUCGAGUGUCCUGGAGCUCCACGCCACUCAGCUCAGUUGUAACAAGCAGCACCUGCAGGAGCUCGAGGCGACGUCCCACGACGGCAAACUGAUCUGGAAGAUUGAUGGCUUCAGAAAGAGGAGUGAAGACGAGGCCAAAGGUCAGCCGCCUUGCCUGACCAGUUCACCGUUCCACACUGGACGCUGCGGCUACAAAAUGGCCGCAAAAGCCUACCUGAACGGUGACGGGGAGGGGCGAGGGACUCACCUGUCUCUUUAUGUGGUCCUGAUGCCGGGGGACUUCGAUGCUCUGCUGCCGUGGCCGUUCAAACAGAACGUGUCUCUGUCCAUACUCGAUCAAAGUGGAGCUGGAAACCACCGUACUCUCAGCUUCAGACCCGACCUGAUGUCUAAAAGCUUCCAGCGACCCGACGCAGACUCUUUCAGCAACGUGGCGAGUGGAUUGUCUUGUUUCAUUCCCCUUGACCAGCUGGAGAAUCCUCAAAACGCUUCGUAUGUCGAUGAUGACACGCUGUUUGUCAAAGUCAAGGUGGACAUGGCCGGUUUAGAGCAGCUCUAAAUCUUAACAACUCAAAAGUUCUAGAAGCCGUGUGUUGUCGAUGCUUCUAGAAUCAGAAUGAUUCAGGAAGUAGUUUUAAUAACAGUUACUUAAUUAUUAACAUGGAUACAAUCGUUAAUAGAUAUUUAGAGUUUAGAAAGUAAAGCUGGCUUAACUUUUCAUUAACAGCAGAUCAUUUAUGAAUCAAUUCAUGCACAUAUCAAACUUUGUCCCCUGGAGAUGAAUAAAAUAUUUCUGAACCCGUC